CAAUUAAAGACAUUAAUAAUUAAUAUUAAACCGAGAUUUCUUCGCUUGGCAACGUACACCUUGAUUUUCACAUUAGUAGUAAAUGCCAAAUAUAAAGUAAUUUAUUGAAAAAAAUAUAUAUAAAAAUUUUAGAUGAAAAAUAAUGUUAAUAGAAUUGAAUCUUCAAAAUUUAACGCAAAUAUUCUGGACCAUCAUCUUUGUAUUAAAUUUGUAUGUAGUAUUGUUGUUGUAUCGCAUGUCAAGAAUAUACCGUUCCGAGAGGAGAAUCAAAUUACUUGAGGCCGCCAACAUCCGAGAGCACAUCGAAUUUAUGCGUAGUCGUCCGGAAAAGUCCACAUCGUCGUCCUUCUCAGCAACUGGCAAUUUCACGACACGGAGUCGCUUUUUCGAACAAUUCUUAGACUCAGACCCGUCACAGUUGCGCUCAUGCAUGCACAUACGUUCCAACUUCCGUUCGAACUCCUCGACCACGGCGGUCGAUGAGGAGCCCGAACCCAAGCAGCAUGCGCAACGCUUCCGUACGCAAAAGCAACAACAAAAUCAAUGUACCAAACAACUGCAAAUGGAAUUGCAACAAAAGUAUCAGAAAGCACAAAAACAAAGACAACAGCAAGAACAACUACUGGCACAACAAAAGCCGAAUCCAACGCGCUACCGCGAGAGUAGUGUAAUGAGACAGCAACCGCUACCGCUCAGAGAAUCCAAAGCAUUUGACGAACCCAUCAUUACUGUAGACAACUCCAAAACGGACGAUGAGCACACGCUCUAUAUAUCGGAUAGUUUCGGACGUGUAGUGCAUGAGAUACCAUUUCGGGAAUGUGAUUACAUGGAUGCGCUGCAAGUGGUGCUGGGCGAUCAGCGUUGGAAGAUCAAAAAAGCAUGGAAUGAACGUGCCAAUUGAGCCCAGAUGUCUUCUAACACAAAACUAAACUAACUAAAAAAUUCCGUCCCUAUAUGUACAUAUAUUCGAUUACUAAAAGCUUUCUUUUCGGUCGUUUAAAUGAUGUGAAGUUUUGCGUGUAGUCUUUUGUGUGUACUUGUCUGGAAUAUGCUUGGGUAGUAAUAAAUGAUGAAAGUUCAAUGAGA